AUGUGGGAGACUCGUGCCGCCGCCCCUGCCACCCCUGUGUCAGUGUGCAUGUGCGAGAGACUGCCAGCGACAAGCUGGAGGCAGAUCCUCGGCAACAAGCUCCGCCCCUCCUGCCGCGCGUUCGGGUCGACCAACGCCGACAUCGUCCACGGCACGCUGUGCGAGGCGCAGGCUCUCAAGGCUCGGCGCGCUGCAGCGGCCGGCGUCGCCAAGAAGAGGGGCUUCCAGACUCUCCUCGCCGACAACAAGGUCGAGGUCGCGCGCGCGGCGGGCAAGGUCAAGGCGAUCGCGACGCGCGACGGGCUGGGCUUCUGCACGACCUUCAACCAGACCGGCCUCCCCUGCAAGAUCAGCGCCCGCUGCCGCCACGCGCCGUGCGUCAGCGUCAACUACGAGGAGCUCCUCGGCACCGCUUUCAAGGGCACCGUCUACGAGCGGAUGCCGAGCGCAGUUAGGCUUGUGGGCGGCGCGGCGGCCGCGGCCGCGGCGGCAUUGGGGGGGUAG